AUGUUUAUGGCGGGAACAAUAAGUGGACAUCUAAGUUGGGUAUCUGUAGAUGAUAUUAACGUUAUGUCAAUCGAACGGCAAAUGAAAAUACAUAAAAAAUCGAUUCGUUCAAUUGGAUUUACACCUGAUGGUGAAUAUUUAAUAACAACAUCGAAAGAUCGUUCAAUCAAAAUACGUUCAACUGAAACAGGAAAAAUGUCAUCGAAAUUUAAACAUGCACAUGACUCGCCGAUCAAUUGUUUAUGUGUUGUUGAUAACUGCGUAAUGGCAACUGGCGAUGACAAUGGUUGUGUUAAGUUAUGGGAUUAUAGACAAAAGAAACCAUUAGCUGAAUUUAAUGAUUGUGAUGAUUAUAUCAGUGAUUUAGUUUGUGCAAAUGAUAGAAGAACAUUGUUAGCAACAAGUGGUGAAGGAACAUUAACUUGUUAUAAUGUACGGAAAAAGAAGAUGCAGUUACAAUCAGAAUUAAUGGAUUCUGAUCUGACAUCAAUAAGGAUAUUUCGAGUAAGUACACUUAUAUAUGAUGGAAAGAAAGUUGUUUGCGGUACAAUGGACGGUGUUUUGUAUAUAUUUAACUGGAAAGAAUUUGGAAAUAUGUCUGAUCGUUGUCCAGGACAUCCAGGUGCAAUUGAAUGUAUCGAAAAAAUUAAUGAAAACGUUAUUUGUACAGGAUGUGAAGAUGGAAGUAUAAGAGCCAUGCAUUUAUUACCUCAUCGUUUUCUUGGUACGAUCGGUCGCUCUUGUCCAAUGCCAAUUAAUACAUUAUCCGUAUCGUAUGAUCAGACAUCACUGAUUGGUACAUCCGGUACAAAUUCAUUACAAUUAGUUGAUGUAACAUCGCUCAAUAAUACUCAAAUGGAUCAUGGAAAAAGUGAUCGAAAAAAAAUUAAUAAAAAGUAUUCUUCAGCAAAAUCCGAUAAUUUCUUCUCUGAUUUGUUAUUGAAUGAUAAUACUGAAAACCACUCAAAUCUCGAUGAGGUAUUAUCAGAUAAUUCCAGUGAUGACGAAGAGAAAACAGCAACGGAGGAAGAAGAGCAUCAAGAGCAUCCUAAUAAGAAAUCGCAAUUAAAAUCGAUACUAAAAAAACAUAAAUCAAAGAAUAAAAAGACAAAAUAG